AUGCCGAACCACCGCCUGACAUUCCUCCCCGUCCUCCUCCUCUGCCUCCUCCCAGCCGCUUCCACCGCGCAGCCGGCCUUCCGCUGCAGCGCCAACGCCACGUGCCGCUCCCUCCUCGGCUACAAGCCCACAAACGCCACCACCCUCUCCGCCGUCCAAACCCUCUUCGGCGUCAAGACCCUCCGCCUCCUCCUCGGCGCCAACGACCUCCCGCCCUCCACCCCGCCCACCACCGCCAUAUCCCCACAGCAGCUCCUCCGCGUCCCCAUCCCCUGCAUCUGCGUCAACGGAACAGGGGUUUCCAACAAGGUCCCAAUCUACACCGUCCAGCAAGGGGAUUCCCUCUCCGUCAUCGCCACCAGCGUGUUCAUGCGCCUGGUCACGUACCAGCAGAUCGCGGCAGCGAACAGUCGGAUCGUCCCGGACCCGAACGAGAUCGAACCGGGGGAGAAGCUUUGGAUUCCCCUGCCGUGCAGCUGCGAGGAUGUGGAAGGGGAGAAGGUGGUUCACUACACGCAUUUGGUGGAGGCAGGGAACAGCGUGGAAGGGAUUGCGAGUGAGUUCGGGACGAGUAACGAGACUCUGUACCGGCUGAAUGGGAUUGCGAGUGACAGGCAGCUGAUUGCUGGGACUCCGUUUGAUGUCCCGUUGAGAGGUUAG